AUGGCGGGAGCAUACGGAUCGUUUCGGCAGCUCGAAGACAAACCAUGUUCUGCGGAAAUUUUCCAUCAAAAAUGGUCACCAAAGAUGGAUUUGCUUGCUCUUGUAACAGUCGAGGGAGAGGUUUGGUUGCAGAGGUUGUCAUGGAAGCGGGUGUGGCUGAUUUCCUCCGCUGAAGGUAGAGCUGUAUCUGUGGCUUGGAGACCGGACGGAAAAAUCUUAGCUGUUGCUUUCAUUGAUGGUAAAAUCAAGUUAUUUGACAUCGAAAACGCUGAAUGUGUUCACGUAACUGAGAUAGAAUCGACGCCUAUGUCCUUGGAUUGGAUAGAAGAAGGAAAAGAGAAGGAUUUAAAUGACAUAUCAGCAGACAAAAAUCUGCCGUUUUUCGUGGAAAAGUCGGAACUUUAUCUGCCUUCGCUUUCUCAUCUACCAAAAUCCACAGGAGCACUGUUUUACAAAGAAGUCUCCCAAGAGGACUCAGAUGAUCAUAAAAAGAUGAAGUGUCUUCCCGAAGAGUUGAGUGUUUUAGCCAUUGGUGAUGAUAAAGGGAAAAUUCAUUUGUUUCUCUAUGGAAUUUUUCUCUGUGCUUCUCUUAAUACAGUUGAUGUCUUACCAAAGCACUCCGAUUGCGAAGUCAUCAGUGUCAGUGUGUCAUGUGACUUAAAGGUGCUCUCAGCUGUUGUCAAGACAUCUGUUCCAGGGUCUGAUAAAAAGGUGGCAAUGCUGGUAUUGUAUGACUCCGAGUUACUGUCAUCAAGGUGUCUUGAACUUGCAGUAGUUGCUAAGAAAAUAGGUGAGGUCACCAGCUUGAUGGAUUACUUCGAUAACACCUUGCAGGCCAUGUCAGAUGCUUGGGAAGACAUACUUCUGGAGAUGGACACCAAGUUGACAAAGUUUGCCGCUGAACGAUUGACAGCUGGAUCAAGUGUCAGUGAUGAAUUUCUCACCUUACUCACUCGUGGUGUGACAAGUCCUGAAUUGCAGUCUUUCCUCAUCCAUGAUCUAACAGAAAAAGGUCUCAAGAAGCUUGGUCACAGCAUUGAAAAUUCUUAUUCUAGUAUUCAAAAUUUAGCAUUGAAGCACUUGCAAAGUGUGACACAAUCCCUGCUGUUUCAUGUCACAGAGAUUCAUGGAAUGUCAAGGUGGUUUGAGCAGUUUGGUGAAUUGGGUCUUUCUGAAUUUGACAUCCAAGCUGCUGUAUCAAGUCUUGGCUCUAUUAUGUUGAAAACCCAAGAGCUUGUCUUAGUAAUUGAAACCAGCCUCAAAAGCUUCAAAGCAUUCUUUCAGUGGCUUUACUAUGUCAUCCUGAGUUUGUCUGAUGCAGAAAUUCCAGACUUUGUGAAACAAAGAAGUCAGCAAGAAAUUAUGCUUGUAUCGAGCUUCAUUCAAGAUCAACUUGUGGUUAACAGUCAAGGAAAGUUUACCCUGGAGAGAGUUGGCCAGUACUUUGAUCCAAAGCCACUUACAGUGAAACCUCCAUUUGGAAACAAUGAUUGGGCAAAGUUUGUGGAGAAUCAUCCAGCACUGAAAUCAAGUCCAUUGCUAAUACCUGAUGAGUUAACAGAGUCACUGGUAAUUCUUUCUGGGAAGCUCCAUGGACACCUUAAGAAGGUUUUUACUGAACCAAUAAGUGUCAUUAGCAAAGCAAUUUCUUGUUGGAACUGUUCUCCACUCUAUGAGAUAAACAAAAGUGAGCAGUCACCCUUUUGUUUAGCACAGACAGGAGGUCCUUUGCAUCCACUUGUAGUCUUUCCAGAUGAAAAUAAACUGUGUAUCAUUUCUAUCAAGGGAAGUGAGCACAGGCUGUUUUUUGCAAGGAUUUGUGUUGAUCAGUUACCAUGUGACACUAACGCAGUGAAAUACUCAUUCUCACAUGUCAUGUUCUAUGACUCUGAAUAUUUAACAGUUUUGCUUCAGCAACAGAAACCUGAUGAUAUUAGUGACAAUGAUGGCAAUGAAACUGAGGGGAUCUCAAUUUUAGCUCAAGUUCCUUAUCAAUGCCUCAAGGAUGAAGACUUCCUAGACAUUUCUCAAGAAAAGCAGACAUACAUCAAUCAGCUAUCUCAACCUCCAGGAUUUGCUGUAGGGUCAAGAAUUACUCACUAUCGAAAACUGAUUGGCAUGAAGGCUGGGUCUUUGGCUGUUAGUGGAACACGUAAGGUCUCGUGUGUGUUGUCAGCUUCACAGAGAAAUGUGCGAUUGUUUGAUAUGGAUGCUGAAGAUGACGAAGUAGAAGAUGAUGAACCUGAAAAUGAAGAAUUAGACAACUCCUCUGAAGAAAAGCAUUAAGCACAGGGCUUGACAAUAACGGUAGCCCACUAGCCACAGACUAGUAGAAAAUCAGUUUUGGCUAGUAGUUUUCGAUUUCUACUAGUCAGUUUUGCUAGUAAACAAACUGAAAUUGUACUAACAUCUGAGAUGUCAAUAGCUACUUGGCUAGUUAGUUGAAUAGUUAGUGUCGAGCCUUGAAGCAACAGCAAGCCUUAAGAGAAGCUUAACAUCAUGUUUCUUUAGCUUUGAAAUUUACAUAAUGAAUGGUAAUCUUGUCUGGUUGCCACAGCCUCUCAUCAUUUGUGCCAAAUGAUCCAGAACAAAAUCUGUGGAACCAUUACCAUUCAACUGUCUAGUUUAUAUUUUCUGAUGAACAUAUGUGGCACAUUUACAUAGCUGUACAGACACCUUUAUAUUGUAUGUAAGUGAAUAUUUGUGCAUUGCUGAAAUAGUUUACUUACUUAAUUUAUGCCCUCUAACUUUUUUAAUCAUUCUGAAUUAGCAUCUUACAUACUGUGAUGUUCACAAGGCCAGCUGAUGAUGGGGUGGAAUCAAAAGUCAAAUGAGGCCAAAACUUUAAGGAGAAUAUUUGAAGCUAGGCCAGACUUAACAAAUAUGUGGUGGUUGGAAUUUCCCCCAUAUAUAUUUCUUUUUCAAAAGAUACACCUAGUUCUUAAGAAUACAAUUUGGAUGCUCUAGUGCCGCAUUUGUAAUAGUGACCUGGAAUAGUCUUGUUAGGGCUUGUACUGAUGUGAAGAUAAACUUUGAAAAUAAA